AUGCCGUCCAUCAGAACAGUCCUCUAUACCACCUUUGUGAUCCUCACACUUCCACUUCGCAUCCUCGGCACAUGCCUCUACUAUUUACCUAGAGUGACUCGACCUAAUACAUCCUGGACCUACCACGAAGUCCUCGGCAACACUCUCUUCCGCUUCUGGUUCAAAUAUGCGACCGCCGUGAAAUUCCACACGGCGAAGUCUCUCGAGCCAGGCCGCGAGAAGGAACGAUUUAUAGUCAUUGACCCUCCCACUGAGAAGGGGAGCACCAGCAGCAGCUCGCCUUACCGAGGCAUUGUUCUCAAUGACCCGAAAAUCCAGCCAUCACGAAUUGGUGCCGUUUGGUACAGCUCUCUGUACAGCUCUCUCCCAGAUUCCGACAAGCCUCUGGAGCGGAUGGUCCUCCAUUUUCAUCCCGGUGCCUACGUGCUUGGUGGCGCGCGAGAGUUGGAAGGCGGCUAUGGGCCACAUGUUCUCAGCAAGGCGAUGGGCUGCCCGGACGCAAUCACAUCCUAUGUUUACGCAGUGAAGGCACUGAAAGUCCCACACUCCCAAAUCGUGAUGUCGGGCUCUUCGGCAGGCGGCAACCUCGUGCUCGCGCUGCUCCGCUACCUCGCGACGGACAACCACCAGGCCCUUGAUUCGCUUCCCGUGCCACGCGCAGCUCUUCUCUGGAGCCCCUGGUUGGAUCUCCGCAUCGAGAGCGUGGCAGCCUUGGAUACGCAUCGCAACAUUAACUCGGAUUACUUGUUCACUGCGCUCGGCAAUUUGGGCAUUUAG